AUGGCAUCAAACCAAUUUGUUUUCUUCUUAGUUCUUUGUUUAUGUGUUCUAUCAACCGCAGAAUUUGGAGAAGCACAAAUCCAAACUGGAAAAAUAUGCACAGAUCCAAACGGCAAGGACAUAAAAUCGGAGUGUUUUGGUUACUGUACAGAUAUUGGUUUCCUCGGUGGUUCAUGCCAAGGCUACAAGAAUCAUUAUAUGUGCAAGUGUUAUGUAGGAUAA